AAAAAUUACUAAUUAAUCAAUGAACACCGAAGUUCCAUUUGUAUACAAUAAUUAUGAGUAAUACAAAAAGAAUGCAAUAUGAGGUUUCAAAGAAUCAUAUUAUCAAAUUAUUUCAAUGGCAAGGUUUUCGUCUUCUUCAUCUAGGUCCAGGUCUUCUCUUCCAUACAUUGUAUUGCUCUUCGUUGCUGCCCUUUUUGUCUUUAAGAUAGAUGUUAUCAUAUCUCAGACAUUUAGUUCAGCCCGUCGCAACCUGGAGAACACUCCUAACCGUAUCUUAGUGAAGUCUAAAUCCCAAGAAACUGAUGACAGUAUACCUGUAGUAUUAGUAAAUGGUACAUUUCACCGGCAUUUUAUAUUAUCAUGGGGAGACGAUAGAGGAAAGAUACAUGAAAAUGGAGAACUUUUAACACUCUCCUUAGAUAAGCAAUCUGGAUCAGGAUUUCAGUCCAAGAAAGAGUAUCUCUUUGCCAAAAUUGAUAUGCAAAUUAAGCUCGUCCCUGGAAAUUCAGCUGGCACUGUUACUACUUUUUACCUGUCAUCACAAGGCAACAAGCAUGAUGAAAUAGAUUUUGAAUUCUUGGGAAAUUCCACAGGAAAUCCUUAUACUCUUCAUACUAAUAUUUUCAGUCUAGGCCAAGGCAAUAGAGAACAACAAUUUUUCUUGUGGUUCGAUCCUACUGCAGAUUACCAUACCUAUUCAAUCCUUUGGAAUCCAAAAUGUAUUAUAUUCUAUGUUGAUGGUACACCAAUUAGGGAGUUCAAAAAUGCAGAAAAAAUUGGUGUUCCAUUUCUAAAAUACCAACCAAUGAGACUAUACUCAAGUCUAUGGAAUGCAGAUGAUUGGGCUACACAAGGUGGUCGUGUUAAAACUAACUGGAAAUUAGCACCUUUUAUUGCUUCUUACAAAAAUUUUACUUAUGAAGCCUGCAUUUAUUCAAGAUUAACUAGUUCGUCUUCGUGCAAUAUCAACUCUCCUCCUUUUGGUAACAACGCGUGGCUAACACACGAAUUGGAUCGAAGAAGUCGAGCAAAAAUGAAAAUUUUGCAGAAAAAACAUAUGAUUUAUGAUUAUUGUAAGGAUAAAUGGAGGUUUCCUAAAGGACCUGCUCCUGAAUGCAAGCUUCAAUAACAAUAUAGGAAAAUUAUAACUUGUUUAUUAUGUAUAAGAUUUCACAUAUCUUGUAUUUUGGGAUUUUCUACUUGUUUUUUUUAAAGUUCUUUUUAAGUUAUGAUUUUGUAGUUUUCUAUGAUGAAUCCUACAGGAGGCUGUUGUAUAUUGUCAUUAAUUAAU